AUGUUGAGAGUAUAUGCACGGACGAGGGAACGUGAAAAGGCGUGGAAGUUGGGCGGUCUUUGUUUUGUGGGAAGUGCUGUUUUGGCACCUAUUCUUAUGAUUAUUUUUGAAAGGAAGUUUGCUUGGGGUUUUAUGGAGGUUCUAUGGGUUUUCUCUAUCCUCCUCGAAUCUACCUGUAUCCUCCCACAACUUCUCCUUCUUCGACAAACCACUGUUCCUACCGUUCUCGAUUCAUUCUAUCUCGUAACUCUUGGCUCUUACCGAUUCUUUUACAUCCUAAACUGGAUUUGGCGAUCCCUAGAUAUUAACGAUCGAUCACCAGAUGCGAUAUCGAUCAUCGGUGGAGUCAUCCAAACAGCAUUUUAUAUUGAUUUCGCCUGGGUAUACUACACUCGCCAACGUGUCAAGCUAAGGAAUGGAGGAGUGGUUGAUGCCGAUGAUAUAAGUAGAGGAUGGUUAUUGAGCCGUGUAUUGGGCAAUAAACAUAUGACCGCAACCGAAGAUGAUGAAGGCGAUGAGGAAGCCAGUCCCGCAGGUAAUGGUCGACCAGAAUUAGGACGCGGUGGUAGUAAAUGGGGAGCAAGAGGUAUCUCGGUUAGUGCAGAUGAAGAUGUACUUGCGGGGGAAAACCAAAGACAAGCAUCAUUUGCGUUUGCAGAGCAGGAAAGUGGAGUAAUUGAUGCUGAUGCGGCGGAUUUGGAGGAUUUGGAUGGUGAUGCGAAGAUGAAGGAUCCGGAUGAGUUGGCGAGGAUUCUGGAUGAUGAUGGAGAGGAGAGUGAGGAGGAUGGAACGAUGCCUUCGGUGGGUGAAGGGAGUCUUGGUGUUGGUGUGGGUAAUGGGGCGGAAUGGAGGGGUUAG